GGCAACAAAAUAGGAAGACUGGAGGAACACAUAAGGUGUUGCACAAAUCAAAAACAAGGAAGAAACCCGGUAGACUAGAAGAGAAAUCUGCUCUAGUGUUCUUUAAUGCUGUUAUAGUUCGUGAGGAGAAAUGUUUUCGUGGAGUUGGAUUGAAGAAGGCUUGUGGUCGUUCUUAAUCGGGUUUGUCUUGCAGUUGUAAGAGGUCAGCGCGGGCCCGUGCGACCCGAAGCUGGUAUUGCACAUCAUUGAACAUGUCUGUAAAAAAGAAAGUGGUUACCAGACACAAGGAAAAACAUACCAUUGGGCUACAUAUUUCAAGGGAUUAUUCCUUUUCCAAAGAACAAGGAUUUUUGACAUUCUGUGAACAUUAUUCUUCCCUCAUUUUUUAAAAUAAAAAAAAAAAUUGUGGAUGUAAUUGUUCCCCAUAUACCUCAAACUGGCAGACUCUACAGAAAAUGUCUUUGUCCAGAGAGAAUGAGGAUCAUGGUAAAGAAAACAGAGGUGCCAGACCCAAGAUCCGACAAGGCAGACCUGAAGAAAGAAGAGACGGCAGUUGCAGACACAGUGGACGGGGCAAAAAGAAGCACAAACUCUUGUGUAAGGCUGAAGUCUCGACUGAUCUGGAAAUGGAAGAACAGCCUGGUAGAGCAAAAAAUGGGUUUCAGAAAAAGCACAACAUGAAUUCUCUUAAAGAGUUAGACUCUGAGAAUCUGGAAGAGAACAAAUCAUCAGGUAGGUCCCUAAGGCAAAAGAUCCAAGAUGCUGUGGGACACUGUUUUCCAAUAAAAACGCAGAGCAUGCAAUCUCCAAGUUUGUCUUCCUCUCGAAGAAAGAUCCAUCUCAAUGAACUUAUGUUGGACAAGUGUCCUUUUCCUGCUGGUUCAGAUUUGGCUCAGAAAUGGUACCUUAUAAAGCAGCACACUGCCCCUGUCAGCCAGCCUAGCAGCUUCCUGGAGAACUUGGGGGGAAACACUAUGGAAGAUGAGGAUGACCGGUUGAGAGAGAGAAGAAGAAUAAGUAUUGAGCAAGGAGUUGACCCUCCUCCCAAUGCGCAGAUACAUACAUUUGAAGUGACUGCACAAAUUAACCCUUUGUAUAAGCUAGGACCAAAACUUGCACAUGGGAUGAAUGAACUUGCAGGAGACGAUCGAGCCACCUUACAGUCCCAGCCACUUGAGCCUUUAGAGGAAGUACCACAGCCUCAAGGAUCAGUAGAGAGACUUGAGAUUCAAGAAGGCUUUAGGAUUCAUACUCAGAUUGAUUACAUCCAUUGCCUGGUCCCAGAUCUCCUCCAAAUCACUACCCUUCCAUGUUACUGGGGUGUAAUGGAUCGAUAUGAAGCAGAAGCUCUACUAGAGGGCAAACCAGAGGGUACCUUUUUACUGCGAGAUUCUGCCCAAGAGGACUACCUUUUCUCAGUGAGUUUCCGGCGUUAUGGUCGUUCCCUUCAUGCUCGGAUUGAACAGUGGAAUCAUAACUUCAGCUUUGAUGUCCAUGACCCAAGUGUCUUCCAUGCCUCUACUGUCACGGGACUUCUGGAGCAUUAUAAGGACCCAAAUUCAUGCAUGUUCUUUGAACCCUUACUUUCCAUCCCUAUAAACAGAACAUUCCCUUUCAGUUUACAGCACAUCUGCAGAGCUGUGAUCUCAAGCCACACAACAUAUGAUGGCAUUGAUUUUCUCCCUAUCCCUAACUCCUUAAAGGAAUACUUGAAAGAGUACCAUUACAAACAGAAAGUUAGGGUGCGCAGAUUAGAAGCGCGAUGGCACUAAGCUUCAUUGUUCCAUCUUGGACAGUAAAGCUUAUUCUGCUUUUAAUAGUGAAACACUUUACAGGAGAAUAUUUAAGACUAGAGAGCUCUGUUUUCUGUAAGAAAAUGUGUGCCUGUUUUCAAAAUUAAAAAAAAAAAAAAAAGAUUGCCUGGCACAAAUUGGUAAAAACAAUUUUGGAAAUGGGACCAUCAGCAACACUAUAAAAAGUACAAAAACUGCACAAAUAUUUUAUAGUUAGAAUGUGAAAAAGUUGUUCCAAUCAUCUUUCCAUAGUGCUGCUUUUUUCUCUGUGUGUACAUGUAUGGUUUAUUAUGAGACCCAUGCAGCACUGUAUUUCUUCCCUGAAGUGUAAUAGAUUAUCAUAACCCAGAUGUUUACAUAAUGGCAGGUACAGUAAAUCAACUUGAAAAAAAGAGGGAAAUAAAGCCAAUAGAGAAGUCCUUUAUACUUUCUGUCUGCCUGAAAGCUUUCAUCCUUUAUUUCUUUCAGAAGUAAUGCUGUAUUCUAAACAUGUUUUAACAAGAACUAGAUUGUAACUGUACCAUUCCCUGUACAGUAUCAUUAAAAGAUUGCUGUAUCUUACAGGUGCAUAUUUGGUAAACUAAAUAAAACUAAUGUUUUUA